GUCAGACUCUAGCUAAUGCCUACAAUCUUGGUCAGGAUAUCAUGUUCCUCUCUCUACUGUACUGGAGAGGUUCCAGAGGGGACUUGGGGGCCAAAAAGAAAAAGAAGAAACAGAAGAGAAAAAAGGAGAAACCAAAUUCCGGAGGCACCAAGUCAGACUCUGCAUCUGAUUCCCAGGAGAUUAAGAUUCAACAGCCUUCAAAAGUGUCUGUCUAAUUAUCUGAAUAGCACAACAUCAUCUGGCAGCAGAUUUCAGCGGGAGCAGCCACGGAAUCCUGCCAUCCCAGUGCAGAAGUUGCAGGACAUCCAGAGAGCAAUGGAGCUGUUGUCGGCGUGCCAGGGCCCCACCAGGAACAUCGGUGAGGCUGCCAAACACAGAUACCAGUUUUGGGACACACAGCCGGUACCCAAACUAAAUGAAGUGAUAACAUCUCAUGGUGCAAUUGAAGCAGAUAAAGACAAUGUGCGCCAAGAACCGUACUCCUUGCCACAGGGCUUUAUGUGGGACACGUUAGAUUUGGGUAAUGCAGAAGUGCUCAAGGAGUUGUACACCUUGUUAAAUGAGAAUUACGUAGAGGACGAUGACAACAUGUUCCGGUUUGACUAUUCGCCCGAGUUCCUGCUGUGGGCCCUGCGUCCCCCAGGCUGGCUUCUUCAGUGGCACUGUGGAGUCAGAGUGUCUUCGAACAAAAAACUGGUAGGGUUCAUAAGUGCCAUCCCAGCAAACAUUCGGAUUUACGACAGUGUGAAGAAGAUGGUGGAAAUCAACUUUCUUUGUGUUCAUAAAAAAUUGAGAUCAAAACGGGUAGCCCCAGUGUUAAUUCGAGAAAUAACUAGAAGAGUGAACCUGGAAGGGAUUUUCCAGGCCGUUUAUACUGCUGGCGUGGUUCUUCCGAAGCCAGUGGCCACAUGCAGAUACUGGCAUCGGUCACUAAACCCCAGAAAAUUGGUAGAAGUGAAAUUUUCUCACUUGAGUAGAAACAUGACUUUACAGAGAACAAUGAAGCUGUACAGACUUCCAGAUGUGACAAAGACUUCAGGCUUGAGACCAAUGGAACCGAGAGAUGUCAAAGCAGUUCGAGAAUUAACCAACAGUUACCUGAAGCAGUUUCACCUUGCCCCGGUGAUGGAUGAAGAGGAAGUAGCCCACUGGUUCCUCCCCCAGGAGCACAUUAUUGACACGUUUGUAGUGGAGAACUCCAGUGGUAAACUUACUGACUUCCUGAGCUUCUACACACUCCCCUCCACAGUCAUGCACCACCCUGCUCAUAAGAGCCUCAAGGCUGCCUACUCCUUCUACAACAUUCACACGGAGACGCCCCUGUUAGACCUCAUGAAUGAUGCGCUCAUUAUAGCUAAAUUGAAAGGAUUUGAUGUAUUCAAUGCACUAGAUUUGAUGGAAAAUAAGACAUUCUUGGAAAAACUCAAGUUUGGAAUAGGAGAUGGCAAUUUACAGUAUUACUUGUACAAUUGGAGGUGUCCAGGAACAGAUUCUGAAAAGGUUGGACUUGUAUUACAAUAGAUGGAUGUUUCCAUUCCUAGAACUCUGAUACCAUCCAUCAUCAUUUGUUAAUAUUCUAUUUAAUGAUUCCUGGAACUGUCAUUCCAAAGAAUAAAAGCACAACCUAAGUGAAACCGAUGCAGUCAGUAAUAAUUGGAAAAGAUGAAAAAACAUCCAUAUGUGACCAAUACUACAUACUAGCUAGAAUGUUAACAUUCUUCCUUUUUUCACUGUUUACCCAUUUGAAGGAGGGAUGAAAGAGUACAAAGAGCACAUUCCUCUAAUUUUCAAACUUUUGACCGUCUCUUGAAGGUAUUUUUCCAUUCUCUAGAAAGGGCCUUUUUUUUUUUAUGGAUGGAACAGAAGUCACAGACUUGUGUAAGAAAAUCUUUGCUAAUGUAUGGAGAUAAACUGCUGCAUUUCUAUUUAUGAAGUGAUGGUCUUUUUGUCUGUGUAACAGAAUAAAGGAUCCAAUUGGGAAAUUUUUCUUCCUAUCAUCUUCCAUGCUAUCAUUGGAGACAUUUCUGGAAUCAGCAUUUCCACAACUCCAUGAUGAGUGGUGGGUGUUUGUGUGUAGAGCAAGAUAAAAAUGUACUGGUGACUAGUACAUUUAUUUCUCCAGAAGCAAAGUUGUCAAAUCAAGAAACACACAAAUUUGUACUCUAAUGUUCAACAGGUUGGUGGAUGGGUUCAAAAGCAAAGUUUUGUGCAAACAUGAAAUGUGCUCUCUGAAAGAGUAUGCACCAUGACUAACUAGACUUUGCUGCUGCUGCACAAACUUGUUUCUUUUCAGGAACAGCAAGGAUAUGUGAGGAAAAGAAAAUAAGUGCUAAAGUCAAAGGAACUGCCCAGUGGAAUUUAUUAGUGCUAUCAGGAUAUUGAUAGUUUGAAUGUUUUUAUUACUUAUGCAAAAUUGCACAUAUUCCUUAAUGCUGACUUUAAUUUAUCAUGAAAGCUGUCAUGCUAAUAGAAAAUGUCUUAUUUGUAAAUAAGUAUUCAUACUUUUGUUACUGAUGGUGUUUUUAUCUAGAAUUUGAAAAAACAAGUUUCACAGUGUACAUAUAUAUAUAUAUAUAUAUUGUCAAUAGUCCAAGGAGAAAAAAGAUGCUAAAUGAGGCCAUAUAAACUGGCCUUGACUCAUUCCACGAAGUAGUUACUUUUUUCUGCCUUCCCUCUUCCAGUGCCUAGGCUGUUCUGUCCAGAAAAUUUUAAUUAUUUUAGACAACAUGAUGGCUUUUCCUUCAUGUUAUAAGUAGUCAAAUGAAACCAGUCCUAUCUUAUACCAGGCAGGGGCUAACAAACUAUAGCCCAUCACCCUAAUCCAGCCCAUCACAUGUUUUUGUACACCCUAAGCUAAAGAUGGUAUUUACAUUUUUGAGUGGUUAGAGGAAAAUAAUAACAUUUUGGGAUACAUGAAAAUUGUAUGAAUUUCAAAUUUCAGCAUCCAUAAAGUUUUAUUGGAACACA